UUCUAGUUGUUGUUUUUUUUUUUAUUUGGUUUGUUAGUGGACAACUGGAAGGGAGGAGGAGGAAGAAGAAGAGGAAGGGUUUGUGGAGAGUGUUGCAAGUACAAAGGCUUUGAACACCUGCAGGGGAAACGUAAAGGAGGAAGGAGGGAGGGAGGAAGGACGAGGAAGGAAGGAGCUGGGGGGAAGGAACAAAAAGCCUAUCGGUCGGCUUGCUUGUUUUUGUUGAUUUACUCUUUUUUUUUUUUGCUGUUUUUCGUUGUUGCUUUCAGUCAAUCUUUUUGCGUUUGCGUUUGCGUUUUGAGUGUUUGGAAAAUGACAAGCAAUCCAAACCCUUCUUCUCCCCGUGCUUUUUUUUUUGCCAACUUGCCUCAUCCUUGUGGAGGUUUAUCAACCAACUUGUGUGUUUCCCCGCUUGUCUUUGAAAUAGAUUUACAAAUAUAUAUCCAAUGCAAUCAUGACUGCCGUUGAGCUACUCUUAGGCUCAACGUCGUCUUCUUUGUCCUCGUCUUCAUACCCUCGCUCCCCCGCCACAUACCCAUCUCCGCCCAUCGACUUUAGUUCUUAUCAGAGCGGGGGACGCCCAGCAACCAUAAAACCUACAUCGAUGACGGGCAUCCCCAUCCCGUCCCGUGCGGGAUUCGCUGACCAUACCAUGCAUAAAAUGGAACCGACAGCUGGACUGGCGGCUUCCACUCAAUAUCCGUCAGGGAUCCCUUCUCAAGACACUUUAGGCGUUGAUCUCUCGUCGUCCUUGGAUGAAAUCCUUGCAUGCUUCAAAGCUGGCUUAUUGUCGAGGGAUGGAUAUGUGGCAGAGCGAUCCACCAUUUUGGCAACCUUUGUUGCAAAGGCCUGCAUCCCAGGCACAGAUCGCAUGGCCUUGCUAAAAUCCCUCAAGGAAGCCUGGGAUGCACGAAUGUUGAGCCAUGAAGAGUUUGACAUUUAUUCUGCCAAAGUGUUUUCGGAAUUGACUGCGUCGCCGGCAGUCGGAUGGUAUGGCACACCAGAUACUGGUAGCGUUGCUGGAAGCUUUCAGGAGAUGAGCAUGGCUGAGCCAAAUCAGAAAAAUUCCAGUAUGUAUUAUUCCAUGCCACGAUCCACUGCCGAAAGACAUACCAACUACGGGAGACCAAACACAGCUGCAGGCAGCGUGCAAGGCCCCAUGAACGGACGGAGCAUCACCACUGCGUCCCAUAUACCGCAUUCUUACACUUCACACCAUCAUCAACAUCCAAUGCAGCAACAUCACUAUGCAUCCUCUCUAGACUCGAAUGCCCAUAUUUUGUCUCAAUCCGCACCUCCUGUUCAUUUCACCGCCUUGCGCAACAAGCACGAAACACACCACGCCGGAUCCAACUAUUCGCAAAGCUACGCACGCCAAUCACAGCAGCAUAACCAUUCUCAACACACGCAGCACCAACAACCACAUCCAGAACCGCAACGUCCUCAAUAUCAGACCCACAUGAGGCAGGAGAGCUCCUCGCAUCCCGCGACUACUCAGCAGCCCCCUCUGCCCACGACUAAAACUAAAAAGGAUUGGCGCUCAAAGAACACUGUCGACCCAGAAGUUCUCAAAACUCAAAUCGAACAAAUGCUUAAUGCUCCUCCAGACCCUCCACCUCAAGCCGAUCGGGUACCGCCCCCGCAAAAUCAUAGAGGUUUCGGAGCCAGUGCAAGGCAAUACAAUAUGGACGGUUCAGCAUAUGUGUCUGAGUUUCGAAGAACCUGGCGGUGUCGAUGGUGUUUAUGCUCUGGGCAGUACACACCCGCACUACGCAAGGGACCAUUGGGUGCAAAGACGCUUUGUAACGCAUGUGGCAUGUGGUAUAACCGUCACGGAUAUCUCCCAAAAGACCGAUACCGCGAGCAUGCCAACGAUGAUAUGCACCUUGUGUCCUCGCCAUCUAAUGAACACCUUGCAUCACAGCACCGGUCCUUGGGUGCAUCGGUACCAGUUAGCUCCUCCCUUGGUGGAUAUAUGGAAGAGAGAGCUACUGUGGUCAAGGAGGAAGAGACGCAUCCUUGGGUAUACAACGAGUCUGUCACCACAGCAAGCAGGAUGGAUACCAAAAGAGAACCUUCCCAGUUUCAUUUGAAUACUACCGCUGACAUACCGCGUGAGGAGGUAUCCCACCAAGAGUUUCUGCCUGCAUCGUUGCCAACCAACAGCACCUUUAUGAUGCGGCACACCUCUCAUCCGUCUCAGGACCAAUCGAGUCAUCAACGAUUUCGUUCCGAGCAGCAAAAGCCCUACAAUUUCCGGCCUUUUCAUCAAACAUUUACACCAUCCCCUCCAUCAAGCGGAUCGCCGCAGACACAACUGUCCUCUAUAGAAUUUGAUAUGGAUCUUGAUAUAGACCAGAACGCUCUCGGAACGACGAGUUCGAUACCCACUGGGUUCUUUUACCAAGAAUGGGACAAUAGAAUGGAAGACAAGGGGCAUGGUUUGAUAGACGUGUUUGCAGUGAGAUGAGCGGGUACACUUUUAGACGUUUUUUUUUGUGUAGAUAGAGUUUUUGUUUACAUUUGUCGUCGUCGUCUUUAGAUCAGUAUGUAGAUCGUCCAUAGUCUUUAGAAAUUUGAGAGAAAGAGCUGUAGGGCAGCCUUUCUUUUUUGCCUUGUAUCUGUGUAUCAAUAUAUUUGAAUGCAAACUUCAAAGAUAAAAAGG